AUGAAGUCAUUUGUGCUCGUCGCAGCUCUCGGUGGCCUCGCCGCUGCCCAAUUCGGUGGUCUGCCUACCUGCGCUACAAACUGCGCGACAAAACUCCUAGGCGGCACAGGCUGCAACAACGACGCCAAGUGCGUCUGCUCGAGCAACACUUUCAUCCAGGACGUGUCUUGCUGCCUUGCCGCUCCGGGCGGCUGCGGCGCCGACGACCAAAAGAAGGCCAUCGAGUUUGCCAACCAGCUCUGCACCGCCAACGGCGUGUCCGUGCCCAACGUCGUCUCGUGCCCUUCCCUCUCUGGCAACAACACCACCUCCGCUACCCCAGCCGCCACCAGUCCCCCGGCCGCCCAGGGCAGCGGCACAAAGGGAGCCGCCUCCAUGCCCGCUGCUGCCCCCAUCGGCUUGCUCGGGAGUUUGGUCGCUGCCGUCGUCUUGCUGUAG